GUACAGGCAGGGGUACAGGCGGGGUGGUACAGGCAGGGGUGCAGGCUGAGGUGCAGACAGGCGUACAGGCAGGAGUGCGGGCAGGGCUGGGACCGGCAGGGGGUCACGCAGGGGUGCAGGCUGGGCUGGUAUAGGCAGGGCUGGUGUAGGUAGGAGUACAGGCAGAGGUGGUACAGGCAGGGGUAUGGACAGGGCUGUGGGGCAGGCAGGAGUACAGGCAGGCAGGGGUACAGGCGGGACAGGUGGAGGCAGGGGUGCAGGCAGGGCUGUGGGGCAGGCAGGGGUACAGACAGGGGUACAGGCAGGGGUACAGGCAGGGCUGGGGCAGCCCCUGUCCCCACGUGACGCCCGCGCCGCGCGGGGGCGGCUCCGGUUCAUUCAUAAAUCCCGGGGCCGCCCCGCCGCACCGAGCGCAGCGGCGGCGAUGGAGCCCCGAUCUCGGUUGUAGGACACGCUCAGGCCGGGACGGACCAUGAGCGAUGACCCAACACCCUGGGACAACGCGACCGAGAGCGCCACGGCGGUGCCCGGCGAGGUGUCCCCCCAGGAUGGGUACGUGCUGCUCCUCGCCCUGCUCUCCAUCUUCAUCGGGGGCACCCUGGUCCUGCUCUCGGGCAUCCUGAUCAUCUGCCGGCGCUGCUGCGAGGCCGACCGCCGGCACUCCAGAGCCAGCGAUGACCCUGAGAAAACCAACACCACUUACCUGGAUGACUCGCAGCCAGCGCAGGAUAUCACUGUCAAAGUGGAGGACCCCGAGUGCCUGUCGUCCUCCAGCUACCGGGAUGCGGAGAGCGAGCGGUUCCUGUCCUCCAGCUCCUCCACCGCCCGCCGCGUCUCCUUCAACGAGGCCGCGCUCUUUGACCAGAGCAAGAAGACCCAGGAGAAGGGGAGGAGGUACACGCUGACAGAGGGGGACUUCCACCACCUGAAGAACGCCCGCCUGACCCACCUGCACCUCCCGCCACCCGCCCUCAAGAUUGUCACCAUCCACGAGUGCGAGUCCAGCGAGAACAGCCUGGCCAUGACCCCCCGCCUGCCCCCACCCAAGCCCGGCCUUGCCAUCUUCCAGCGCCCUGCAGGGGCCCUGCCCCAGCCGGUGCUCCCCAGCCAUGCCGUGGGCCCCAGCUCUGCCCUGCCCGGGGACACCUACAACUCCACCGUGGACACCAGCUUCACUGAGGCCAGCCCGGCUGCCUCCUCCGACUCCGGGGAGGGCCCCUCGUUUGCAGCAGCCCCCAGGAGCGGGAAGGCAGCUGGGGUGGGCAGUGCCAGCCCCGGGGAGCCCCCUCCGACCCCCCCCCAGGGCCCCGUCCUGCAGUUCUUCACCCGCCUGCGCCGCCACGCCAGCCUGGACGGGGCCAGCCCCUACUUCAGGAUCAAGAAGUGGAAGCUGGAGAGCACCCAGCGGGCGUCCAGCCUGGACACCAGAGGGUCCCCCAAGCGCCGGCAGUUCCAGCGGCAGCGGGCGGCCAGCGAGAGCAUGGACCAGGAGGACCGGGACCCCCACCAGACCGACAUCAUCCAGUACAUCGCCCACACCGACGACGUGGCCUUCCACCCCGCGGGGGGCCCCUUCCUGCCCUCCCCCGCCAGCCCCCCACCCUCUCUCGGCAGGCUAGAGCCGGGCGAGGGGGGCGCGGGCAGCCCCGGCGAGGCCGGCGGCCCCGAGCAGCCCAGCGCCUACCACGACAUCUGGAGCCUGCGCGCCUCGCUGGAGCUGUACGCGGCCUCCGAGCGCAGCAACGACCAGGACUCCGUGCGCAGCGACGGCGGGGACAGCGUCUCCUCUGCCGGCGGCGUGGCCCCCUGCCCCUCCUCCUCCCUGGACGAGGCCGAAGGGCCCGAGGAGAAGUUCUGGGGUCGGUCCAAGACGGAGGAGUCGGAGCCCGGCACCCGCAAGCUGCUGCAGAUGGACAGCGGCUACGCCUCCAUCGAGGCGCCGAGCCGGGGGGGCGAGGAGGGGCCCCCCAAGGACCAGACGGCCUCCGAGAAGCGCAUUUGCUUCACCAGCGCCGGGCGGAAAGGAACCAUCUUCGAGAGCUUCGAGGGCCGGGAGCCGGAGGAGGAGGAGGAGGAAGAAGAGGAGGAGGAAGACGGGGGGAGCACGGCCCUGGGCGCAGCGGGUGGGGGACACCUCCGUCCCCACAGCCCCCUGGCCUGGUCGCCGUACGGGCAGAUGUUCCCGGGGCGGGAGGCGCUGCCCCGGCGGGAUUACAGCAUCGACGAGAAGACGGAUGCGCUGUUCAACGCCUUCGUGCGCCACGACCCCCAGUUCGACGAGUCGCCGCUGCGGGGGAAGCACCGCUCCCGCACCCACCUGCGCAAGCAGUGGCAGCACGCGAAGCAGUUCAGCGACCCCGGCGUGCGGUACCCGGCGCUGGAGCGGCACCGGACGCCCCUGCGCCGCGGCGACAGCGCCAACUACCCCCUGGACGCCCGGUUCCACAGCCCCCUGCCCCGCAUCGUCAGCGCCGGCGACGAGGAGGCGGCCGAGGCGGCCGAUGGGGUCCCUCCUGCCCCGGCACUGCCCGACCCGGAGAUCCAAGUGAUUGUGGAGGAGCCCGGCGAGGCGGCCCCCGAGCCCAAGGCUGGCUCCGAGCCCCCUGAGGACGACGACUGCCCCGGCCCCGGGAGGUGCCUGGGGCUUGGCUCUGGCUCGGAGCUGAUGGACAAGAUCACCGGUGGCCUGGAGGAGCGGCUCUAUGGGCACCUGAGGAGAGCGGGAGAGACCCCCGAGCCCGCGGUGGCCGUGGCGGCCAGUGAUGCCCCCCCCGACCACAGCCCGGUCUAGGCCCACCACGAGGGGGAGAGACCCUGGCAUGGGGGGACUUGGUCCCCACUAGAGUUCGGGGCUCCAUCCCCUCCUGCUGCCGGCGUGGGGACCAGCCCGGUGCCCAGUGCCCUGUGGGAAGGGUGUCCCGGCCUGGGAAGGCCAGGAGGGCAUGUGGGGUCCCCUGGCUGUACCCCCCACCACGGGGGUCCAGUAGCGUGGGGUGGCCGAGCCCUCUGGCUCCCGGGAGCGAGGUGCCAGGAGAGGGCCCGGGCUGGGGGUGCCCCGGGGGUCGGGGCGCAGAGAAGGAGCCGAGCGUCGGUCGGGGGUCAGUGCUGGGGGACUUUUCUGACCCCCCACCCCACUGAGCCCCCGGCAGAGCCCCGAGCCAGCUCCGCUCUCCCCUCUCUCCGUGGUUUUACAAGCAAUAAGCCUCUCCUCCAGCCGGGAACGUCCUGCCAGGAAGGGGCCGGAGCUGGGUGUUCCCCACCGGGGGAUGCUGCGGUGCCACCCUGGCAGGGGGGGUAGUUUGAGGAGGGGAGAGUCACCUCCUCAAUCCCACAGUCCCCCCAGUUCUGCAGGGAGCCUGGGAUCUAAACUGGAAGCGGAGGGUCUGGGGCAGGGGGCUGCUCGAGGGGCCACGGGGGAGCUGGGGGUCCUGCAGUGGCAGCCUGGGCUGGGCAGGACCGACCCUGGGGGCCCCAUAAAUGCCCCCUGGAGGGGUGGGGGCUGCUCAGGUGGGGGUACAGGGUGAGAGCAGAGCAUGGGGUCCCCAGUGCACACUGUGGGUGACCCCCAGUGUCUCCCACCCUCUGGGGGCUCAGCGGGGGCUCGAGGCGCCCGGAGGAUAUUUAUUAUUUUUACAGAGGUGGCUGCUGCUCCGGGGUGGGGUUUGCUUUUACUGGGUUUUUAUUUGUGUUUCAAAGGAUGGGGGGAAAAAAAAGAGAAAAAAUCCUCACCCCAGCCCAGCCCCAGCUGUGGCACCUGGGACUCGGCAGCAGGGGAGGGGACAGGCAGGGGCCCCCAGACCCCAUUGCAUGUGAGUAGAGGCCGGGUCCCCCCUUCCCUCUGCGCAGGCUCUGCCCAAAGCCCUCCCUCCAUCAACCCCGCGUUUUUAAGUCUAUAAACAAAGGAGAAAAAACAAAA